AAUUGGAUAUUGAACACAGUAUUCGCAAAAUACUUUUGGACUAGAUAUCAUUUUUUUAUGAAUACAAUGACUUCUUUGCUGGUUCCUCCAGAAUCAGUGCGAGGGGCGACACGUUUGGAUCGUACGGCGUUCACGACUACAGUAGAAUUACCAUUCUUAAAGUUUCGUGAUGUUACUAUUUCGGAAGUAAUUCCAGUUUUGAAAAAGUAUUUGGUCAAAGUGAGAAACUUCAAAUCUAUUCAAAAUACAGCCAACGAAACGAUCGUAUAUUUAAAUCCGAAGUUGAUACAAAAUUUCGAAAAUUUCUCAGAAAAUGAUAGACAGAAACUGGCGGAAGUAUAUGAACAGUUUGGAACAGCGAAAGUAACUCUAAAGUAUGAUAAUUGGGAUGGUAACGACAUAUUGAAAGCUAUUUUACCCGAAGGGAUUGAUGUCCCUGCUUCGUACAGUUUGGUAGGUCAUAUCGUGCACUUGAAUCUGCGCGAUGAGCAUUUACCAUACAAAAAUGUUAUCGGUCAAGUUCUUCUUGACACUAUUCCGUCUGCUCGAACAGUUGUUAAUAAGGUGAACACUAUCGAUACGACGUUUAGACACUUCACUAUGGAAAUCCUCGCAGGCGAUAAGAAUACUAUUACGGUAACGAAAGAAAAUGGUUUCACGUACGAGUUGGACUUUUCUCAAGUUUACUGGAAUUCUCGAUUGUGUACCGAACAUUUAAAUUUGAUCAAACUUAUGAAACCUAAAGAUACUUUGUACGAUGUAUUCGCUGGAAUCGGACCGUUCUCUAUUCCUGCUGCCCGUGCAGGAGUUAACGUAUUCGCGAAUGACUUGAAUCCCGAAUCUUAUAAAUGGCUUCAAAGAAACGCUGUCAUCAAUAAAGUUACCGUUAAUUUCAAAUCUUUUAACUUGGAUGGCAGAGAGUUCAUAAAAAGCAUCGUUAAAGCUGAUAUUUUGAACAGACGAGCUAAUAAUGAAAUUGGUACGGAACAUAUAGCAAUGAAUUUACCAAGUAACGCCGUUGACUUUUUGGACGUGUUUCACGAUUGUUUUAACGAAGACGAGAUAGAAAGAAUAUGUUACCAACCACCGACCAUACAUCUAUACUGCUUUGUAAAAGCGAACAAAGGAGAAGAUGCUUGUAGACUUGGACAACUGUUAGUCGAAGAGAAAUUAGGCUGCGCGUUGAAUAACUCUUUGAUUAAUUUGCAUCACGUUAGAAAGGUUUCGCCGUUCAAAGAAAUGAUUCGCGUGUCAUUUCUAUUAACGCGAAGCGUGUUAAAAGGCGAGGAGCCAGCAACGAAGAAAUUGAAAGUGGAAAGUAAUUCCAAUACAUAUGUAAGCGAUAAUAUUGCAGAGAAUAAUGGGCAAGAACAAGGGACAGAAAAAGAAUCAGAAGAACAAGAAUGUAUUCAAAGUAGCAACUGUUCGUAGUGUCAAAUUGAAAGCGAAAGCUCAGAAGGUGGUAACCAAUUUAAAAAAAUUGGAUUUAAAAGGAAAUAAAGCGAUUAAAGAGUGCAAGGAUAAGAUGGCUCAGAUAGAUCAACAGCUUCAGGAAUUGCAGAAGGCAGCGCUCGAAUCUAAAUCAAAGCCGAAGGUAAACCAAGCGAAACAUGGAAGGAAGAAGAAAGAGCCCAAAAAGCCACCGGUACAGACAGAUGUAACAACGUCUUUGGUCGAACAAAUGCAAAUUUGAUGAACACUUUUAAGAUAGUAUCUAAGAUGUUUCUAAUACUACAUUGUUAUCACCUACUUUGAUGAUAUUUAGCGAUACUGAUUUAUUUCAUAGAAUGUAAAAGAAGAAAUAUUGUAAGCUCUAUUUUAUGUAAGCUACAUCGGACAGAUCUUGUUACAUAAAAUAAAUGUAAUUAAAUAUACAAAUGA